AUGAGCGACGGUCAUGGUGGCGCACUGGAAGCAGAACCGGAAACUCAGGAUCCCAAGGCUGCCGACACGGGAUCGGACGACGAGGAGGAGGAGGAGGAUGCGGGAGGGGUGUCUGACGGACAGCAGGAGGGUUCUGGCGGCGAGUCGAAAGACGGAGGAGGGGAGGCGGCGAACGGGACGGGGAAGAAGAAGAAGAAGAAACAGAAAAAGCGCAAGAAGAAGGGCGCUGGCGGGGGAUCCAGUGACGGCUCCUCCUCAGGCUCCGCCUCCCCGAGCGCUUCUCCGCCCACCUCCCCUUCCGCCAACCCCGCGCCCGCCGCGCCGUUCCCCCCGUCGUCGACCGCGGAUGCCCCCUUGUGCCAACCGGACCUGGAUGACAUGCUUCCGGUAGAGGUGGCGGAAAAGAGGUUUGCGGCAGCGCUGGAGUCGAUGCGCAGCAAGGCGGACCUGUGCAUGUGGGUGCAGCUGGCGCGGUGCCGAGUGGGAGACAAGAAGCUGCGCCGCCUCACAGACGCACUCAUCCACUGCGAGACCGUCACCUCCGUGGACUUAUCAGAGAACCUUAUAUCGGAUGCAGGCCUGCGCCAGCUCGCCUGCGCGCUCUCCGCCCCCAGCGCCGCCCCGGAUUUGAUCUCCCUGAACGUGAAGCGCAAUCCGAUCUCGGCCGCUGGGCGGGCGUGUCUGGCGAACCUGCAGGCUGUCAGGAAGCUUGUGAGGAUAGAGUAUGAGGAGAGCCCGCCUCCAGCAGCACAGGAGAAGAAGGGCGCGCAGGGAGCAAAAGGGCAGGGCAUGGCGGACGCACGGGGCUUUGAAAGCGGGGAGCGGAUGGGGGGGGCUUUGGCCAGCAAGGCGAGCAACCCGCAGAUCAGGAUUGACGCAGCUGUCCGGUUCAUCAGGGAAGCAUCCGAGAAGCUGCAGCAGGUGGCACCUGCGGGCAGCAGCAGGCGGAGCAUAGCAACGCGGGUGUUUGACUCGGGCAUGAUGACGGAGGCGUUGGAAGACGUGGUGGAGCUGGUGGAUGCGGAUUUGCGCCGCAACCCCACCAAGUCCUACCACAACUCGCCCAUCAACAAGCUGCCGCUGCCGCUGCGGCUGGUGGUGGAGAGUCUACCCACGUUCGUCUCCCUGCUGGAGCUGCCCAUACCGCCCCAGCAGUGCCAGCGCAAGCUGGCAGAGCCCGCAGCGGGGCGGCACCGGAUCCUGGCGGUGCAGCUGCUGCGCAAGGUGCUGGGGGCGUGUGGGCGCGUGGUGGAUGACAGGCUAGCACGGGAGGACGUGGGGCGGAAGGUGGCCGCACUGCUGUUUGACUUCCCCUGGAGCAACGUGCUGCACCAUGGGGUGUGCUGCUUCCUCAUGUCCGCCCUGGAGCGGAGCGGUGAGAAGGUGGAGAGUGAGGAGCAAGGAAAGAAAGAAGGGAAGGGGGCAGAAGAGAAGGCCCUAGGGGAGGACAAGGGCGAGGGCAAGGUGGAGAAACAGGGGGAGAGGGAAGGGGAUUCCAAGGGGGAGGGUGAAGGGGAGAAGCAGGCAGCAGCAGCAGUGGCAGCAGCAGAAGCAGCGGUUCCUGCAGGUCCGAUGGCCCUGCCUGUGAGGCUGGCGGUGACGGCAGCUCCGUGGGUCAACACCCCCAUUGGCCAACGACCCGGGCAUGCAGGGCCCAUCAUUCAGCUCAUGUUUGACAUCAGGGGCAGAGCAACCACCAGUGCGCCUCUGCAGGCGAAGUUAGAAAAGCUGCCAGAGUGGCAGGCGUUUGCCCAGCCAGGGGGGAAGCUGGACGAGCUCCUCUCACAGCAGCACGGCACUCUGUGCGGGCCUAAGCCAGUGGUGCCGGGCAGUGAUGCGCCUGACAUGGGUGCCGGCAGUGGCGGGCAGAGUAUGCUGUUUGGAGAGCCCGACCUGCCGCCCUCAGUGCUUGGGAAGCUGAGGGCCAUCUAUCUACAGUGA